AUGUGGUCUGUUGGCUGCAUAUUUGCUGCACUUGUGACCAACCAAGCAAUCUUUGCUGGAGACUCCGAGCUCCAACAGCUCCUCCAUAUUUUCAGGUUGCUCGGGACACCCAAUGAAGAAAUGUGGCCAGGAGUGAGCACGCUCAAGAACUGGCACGAAUACCCACAAUCGAAACCGUUGAGCCUCUCUUCACCUGUUCCAAACCUCGAUGAGGCUGGACUUGAUCUUCUCUCGAAAAUGCUGCAGUACGAGCCAGCGAAACGAAUCUCAGCAAAGAUGGCUAUGGAGCAUCCUUAA